AUGGGGGUAUCUCUGGAUUUCCGUCGUUGUCUUCUUGCUUCCCAGUAUCUUUGGCUUUCCGUAGCGGGCUGGACAUCGAAUCAGGUGGGUCUUCUCCAUUUCAGCUGGACAUCGAAUCAGGUGGGUCUUCUCCAUUUCCUCCUCCUGGACACCGAAUCAGGACAGCUGACUACUGUCUCCAAACAUGUACGUCUUCAGUUCUUCCCCUCUGUUCAGCAGUGUUGCGAAGGGUGUCUCGCUUUCCUUUCAGUUCCUCAAGCUGUUCAGACCAGAACACUCGAUAGUUUUAGUCUUGCCUCGGGGAAUAGUUUUCUUCGCACAUCUGAUCUUUAUAUUCGUGAUUUCGUUGCAAAUUUUUCCAGGAUGUUGGUUGAGUUGAGGGGACUUGUGUGA